AUGGAUUCCUUAGACCCCUCCCCUCGUGCGUCCAAACGUAGACGGACAGGAACCUAUGCAACUAGACGGACGACAUUGAACUCAAUCCCAGCGGACCAGACCGAGGACUCGACGAGGACUACUCAGAAUCAAGAACAUGAAGGAGAGAAUGAUACACUGGUCGCUCCGACUGCCACCACGGAGGGACGCAAUGAGAACGAUGGCAGCGGAGGCCUCGAAACGUCUGUUGAACCGCAACUACCAGUGCUAGAAAAUCAGGAAGCGGACGAUUCGACCAACAGUAUCCCAUCUCGACGGAUAUCAAGAAAAAUAAGAACAUCGGAUCGUCCACCGCAUGAUGUGAACAAUGGUGGACUAUCCAAGAGUACAGCAAACACUCGGAAGAGGCGCAGUGCGCCGGAAACAUAUGUCGGUGCAACCCAACACCUGGGACGGACCUCCGAUCUUGCUGAAGUCGAAGACAAGGACGGGGUCGGUGAGAUGGAGGAUGAAACACCCACGAAAGGAAUAGUGGACGCCGAAAGCGAAGGCCAACCUCGUUCCAGCGGACGCGCAAGACGACCUCCUCAACGAUUCUCAUCUCCGCAAGCGUCCAAGGAAGUCUCGGGGUCCAGGAAGCAAUCGUCACAGAGUGUGCGAGCGAAAGCCAAGCCCAUUGCAGCCUCUGGAGUGGACAAUGUCGGAGGUGACGUUGGCUCGCCUCAGCCUAAGGGAAUCCUUACACCCUCGAGACGUGGGCGCGACAAGAGGACUGGGCCUCGCAAAUCCGUGGCAUUUGAACAAGACGAGAGGCGCAUCGGGGAACAAUUCGGAUUCAAGGACAUUGACAGCUCGACAAAGCCGACGAGGAAAGGCAAGGCUACAUCCGUCGCGAAACAGAUGCUAUCUGACAGACCAGGAAAGGGCGAAGGAUCAGACGCUGCAUCACGAGGUAUCGCAGCAGGACACGAGGUUGAGGACGGCGACAACAGAGACCUCGACAACCAAGAAGAAGAAGGCAGCAAAGGGGAAGGCGAUGCCGAAGAGGAUUACGAUGAGACGACGUUCGACACGGAGCCAGACGUGACUGAAGUUCUUGCUCCCCCUACAGGCUCAGCGAUUCAAUUAGACGUGGACACGCAAAAAUCGUUCGAGCAACUCGACAAUAUCAAUGUCGCCAACAUCAAGAUGGACAUCUUGCAACGAAUGAACAACCACACCCUCUGCCCCAUAUCACAUCUACAGUCACAAUACAGCACUCUGCACUCGCUACUCAGCGCAACAGUCACUGCCGGCGAAUCCAAUUCUCUUCUCCUGCUCGGCUCCCGAGGCAGCGGAAAAUCCCUGCUCAUUUCGCACGCCAUUGGCGACUUGAGAAGAUCCCACCACGAAGAGUUUCACGUCGUCCGGCUGAAUGGCUUCUUUCAGACCGACGAUAAAUUGGCUCUCCGCGAGAUCUGGCGGCAACUGGGUCGCGAGAUGGCUGUGCCUGAAGCCGAGACGGGCGAAGUCUCCAGCUACGCCGACACCAUGGCAAGUCUGCUGAGUCUCCUCUCGCACCCGGAAGAGUUUGCCGAUCCCGACACCAUGAUGCUUGAUGUAGACGACAACAACGACACUACCACUUCCACAGUCAAUGGUCGCGGGCAGCUAGGGAACAGAACAGCUACAAGUGUUAUUUUCAUCCUUGACGAGUUUGACCUCUUCACCACACAUCCGCGCCAGACGCUGCUGUACAACUUAUUCGAUAUUGCCCAGGCUAAGAAAGCCCCCAUCGCGGUCAUCGGAAGCUCUUGUCGUAUGGACGUCGUCGACUGUCUGGAAAAACGUGUCAAAAGCCGCUUCAGCCAUCGCUGGCUUCAUAUCCCAACUGCGAAGAGUUUUGGUGCGUUCGAAGACACCGUUGCAAGCAUUCUGUCUCUCCCUGUCGAGGGGAAAGAGGCUGUCGGCCUGCCAGGGGUCCAGCUCGAGUGGAGGACAAGGUGGAACCAAGCCAUCAAGAAUCGUCUCAUCCAUGCGCCGAUAUACCAGGCUUUGCUGAAGAAGACCUUCUACAGCACCAAAUCCAUUCCGGACGUCCUUGCAGCUCUGUAUAUCCCCAUCGCAAUGCUCACCGUAUCCGAGAGCGAAGAACCCCAAGUCAGCGAUCAGCAGACUUCGAAUAUCCCAGUUCCGGGCUUCAUCAAGGACAUAUCAUCAUUGUCCUCUCCGACGUCAUUAUUGGAACUGCUGCCGCACUUACCUACACUGCAUCUCACCCUGCUUAUCUGCGCCGCUCGUCUUGAGACCAUCCAUGAACUCUCGGCGCUGAACUUCGCCCUCGUUCACUCCCACUACGCCGAGCUUCUCGCGCGAUCGAGGAUGCAUCGCUCCGUCUUGUCUUCGCUGACGAAGGGUGGUGCCGUCACUGGCGCCGCUCAUAGGUCCUGGGGCAAGGACACUGUGCGUGCGGCCUGGGAGGAGCUGAUUCAGUGGGAACUCCUCGUCCCGCUCUCUGGUCUGAGCGGUGGGGUUCCGGGUGGCAGAUUGGGCGAUGAAGGUUUGGGCGGUGAUGGAGUUGCAGCCAGGAUGUUCCGAGUCGAUGUCACGCUUGACGAGGUCGCAUGGGCUGUCAAAGAAAAACUGGGAAACGUAGGCAUUGGAGAAGUGCUGGAAAAGUGGUGCAAAGAAAUGUAA